AUGAGCGACCAAAACACUGUCCCCGUUGAAUCUGCGGGUGUCAGUGACGGCCCUCCUUCGAAACGACCCUGCAUGGUCGAUACGCCGCCUAUCGCAAACACACCGGACGAUGGUAGUGAUUUCUACAACACUCCCUUGAAUGCUGGAACGCCAGUGAUCGGUGCGACCCCGGAGGCUAUUGCGCCUGUAUCAGAGACAUCGGGGGUUGCGUCUACGAUGCCCAUGAUCCCUGGGUUGGGCCUUGUCAAUGCAUCCAACGGUCAAUCUGAGGAGCAACCGGCGCAACCUAUCGCUCUGGCACCAGUCAAACAGGAGUCAGAUGUACCUGUCAACCAGGAAGAGAAUGGAGAUGGCUCGAAUCAGGCGGAGGCCAAUACUAAUUCUGCCCAUGAACAUCACCAGACUCCAGCUCAGGCUGAGCCAACGGUUGAGGCGAACAGUGAUGCGAUGGAAGUCGACGUGAAAGCCGAGCCCAGCAGCACAGAAAUUCCCACCGAAUAUACGCAAGAACAGCCACAAAAUGCACAAGGAGAAGAGGAGGAAGAAGAGCACCCUGAAUGGGAAGUCGACUCCGACCCAUACGUAUCAUCUUCCGACAGCUCGACCGAUUCCGACUCCGAUGACAGCGACGACGAGGAUUACCCAAUUCUUAGCCCUGAAGAACAAGCCCGGAUACUCAUGCUUGCCGAAGGUGGCUCCGAUGACGAGGGUGAUAAGGGCAAAUCUGGUAGCUAUAUCCGUUCGACCAACGAGGUUGCGGAUGAAGUUUUGCCCAUUCCCGAAGUCACCAUUACUCCCGAGAUGAAGAUCAUCUACCUCGGAAAAGUCCAAGCAGCUAUUGACAGUGCUGUUCUUGUCGAGGCAAACACAUCUGGUGAAUACCAAGUCCUAGAGUCUGGUUCCCUGCUUUGUUCAGAGGACCGCAGAGUUUUGGGUGUCGUAUCUGAAACCCUUGGCCGAGUUGAGCACCCGCUGUAUACCGUUAUGUAUCCAAGCGCGGAAGAAGUGCAGGAAAAGGGCGUGGUCAAAGAUAUGCCUAUCUACUAUGUUGAAUCUCACUCUACCUUCGUCUUUACCCAGCCACUCAAGGGUAUGAAGGGUAGCGAUGCCUCGAACUUCCACGAUGAGGAGGUUGCUGAGGAUGAAAUGGAGUUCUCCGAUGACGAAGCUGAGGCUGAUUAUCGCAAAAAGCUGAAGCAGAAGAGACAAGAGAGGAAGGAAGGCAAGGACGGACCUUCAAAGCUGAGUCAAACUGAACUCAACUACGAUGAGGAAGGAGGCGAAGAGGGCUACACACCGCUUGCUCGUCCAAAGAAUCUCCACGAGAUCAUGGGCUCUCGCGAAGCACCCAUCGAGGGUGGGGAGCGAGGACCUAGCUUCCGUGGAGGUAGAGGUCGUGGCGGCCGAGGCACUGACCGUGGCCGCGGCGGUCGUGGGAGAGGUGGUGGUGGACGAGGCGGCCAUGGUGAAAGAGACCAAGACCGUCGACCUCAGCAUCAACAGGCCAGCGGUUCUUCAUAUGGUCAGCCAGCUCCGUCUCCUCAAGUUCAGCAAACUCCUUACGGCCAGCCGGCCUAUCCCCAACAGCAGCCCGCUUUCAGCAUGCCCCAGCCUUUCGCUGGUUUCCCACAAUAUGCCCAGCAGUAUGCGCCACAGCAACCGGGACAAGCUCCUCAAGGCGCAGUUCCGUCACCAUUUCCUUUCCAAUUUCCUUUCCAACCUGGCUUCCCUCAGCAAAAUCCAUUCCAAACCAUUCCACAGGGGGCACAUAUCAACCCUCUGUUCUUGGCCGCUUUGCAGCAACAGCAGCAACAGCAACAUUACCAACAGCCUCAACAAUACCAACAACCUCAACAAUACCAGCAACAUCAACAACCUUCUACACAGGCACAACAGCCGAACCCAUCUAUGAACUUUGAGCAGGUCAAAGCCCAGUUGGAUCUGUUGCGGAACUUGAGCAAUGGUAACCAGGGACCUCCUUCUUAG